AUGGAUGAUGUGUUUGAAUUGCUCAGCGGAUAUUUGAAAAAGACCAUCAGGGCAUGUAUCGUUUCCUCCCAGUUUGUUCUUUCUUCGUUUCUUGAUUUUUCUUUCCCAUUAUUUCUUAUUUUAGCUUCCAAAUCAUGUAACUGUUUGUUUUCUUUUUCAUUCUCUUUACCCUUUCUUUCUAACGUUAUUAACCAAUUGUUUUUUUCUUUCUUUUAUUUAAAUUUUUGCUCUUUUUUCUUUACUUUCUUCAAUGUUUCUUUCUUCGAUUUCUUUUCAAAUUACAUCUCUUCAUAUUUGUAUUCCCUUCUCUCACAUUCGACAUUCUCUCUCUCUCUCUCUUUUUCUCUUCUUCUUUUCUAUUACCACCUCACUUUGUAUUUGUACUCUCUGUUUUCUCACUUUCGACAUUCUCUCUCUCUCUCUCUCUUUCUCUGUUAUUCUUUUGUGUUUCUGUCUCUCUUUUCUCUAUACUUCCUUUCUCUCUCCCACUCUCUUUCUCCCUUUAUCCCUUUCUCUUUACUUUCUUUACUUAGAUUUCUUCUCAGAUCAUAA